AUGCAAAUUUUUGCGGCACUUUUGGUGUGCGGUAUAGCCGUCAGUAUAGCCGCCGACAGCGACUGGAAAAGCGCUAAAACUAUGUAUGACUUUGUCGUUAAGGAUAUCGACGGCAAUGAGGUAUCGCUGGACAAAUACCAGGGCCACCCGGUGCUGGUGGUGAACGUUGCGUCCAAAUGUGGCUUAACUGACACUAACUAUCGUCAACUGAAUGAGUUGUACACAAACUAUAAUGACAGAGGCUUCAGGAUAAUAGCCUUUCCCUCCAAUGAGUUCAAGAAACAAGAGCCGGGAUGUAAUGCCGAGAUCAAGGAGUUUGCGAUGAAAUAUGACGUCAAGUUUGAUAUGAUGACCAAAAUCAAAGUAAAUGGUGAUGACGCGCACCCCCUAUACAAAUGGUUGAAGAAUAAGCAAGGUCUCGACGACAUUGAAUGGAAUUUCGCGAAAUUCCUGAUCGACCAAAACGGAGUUCCCAUCAAACGAUACGCGCCGACAGUCGCCCCCAAAGACAUCGAGUCCGACGUGAAGUCGCUUUUGUACAAUGAGUUGUGAUAAUUGUGACACAAAUUGUAGUAAAAGUGACAUUAGUUUUCGUAACUUAUUUUGGAAAUAAAAAAUUUACGAUUAAUUUAUUUAAACAAAUGGCC